GAUACCAUCGAUUAUUUCCCCUCGCGUUGAUGUCAUACAAAACUCAAUACAACAUGUGACCCGACACUGGCUCUGAGGCUCACACUGAACGCAGCGCUGCGUAUUGAGCCACAUUCAUCUCUCCAUCUCUGCGCUCGUCUGUCGGGACAGACUUCAUCUUUCACCGGGCGAGGGAGCGAGUGAGUGACGGCAGAGACUAUCGCCGUCUUUUGGUAAAAAAAAAAAUAAAAAAACACGUGUGUGGACGCACUCCCUCCCGAAAAAAUAGCGUCGCGGGGGAUUAUUUUAUACUGUACACGCCGCGUCUGCGUUCCAAAAAAAAAAAAAAAUCUGCCCUAACUUCACUCAGCAGCUGCUUUGCUGAGCUGAAUCCACAGCGACCGUGAGAGAAAUUACUGGAGCGAAAGACAGAGAGAGAGGGAGAGAGGGGGAGAGAGAGAGAGAGCGAGAGGAGGGGGAUUGAGAAACAAGGUGCUGGAUUAUUUGGGCAGAGCGGCUGCAGCCACGGUGGAUGUUACACAGACACACGACGGAGCGAGAGCUUGAAUUUUCCUCUCACCCUGCGAGUUUCUCCCAACGACUGCGCGGUGGCGGGAUGCUGCUGACAUGGUUGUGAAGGCCUGUUUCUGUCACCCUGUUGUGCAGUGAGGCUGUGAGGCUCACAGUGGAUACAGCAUGCAUGUGUCGACAUAUCCCAUGAUGCACUCUGCCUGUCCAGGCCUGCUUCUCCUCAGCUUCCUCUUCCUCGCUGAUGCUGACUCACCCCCAAGAUUCACACGAACCCCAGAGGACCAAACAGGAGUCCAGGGGGGAGUGGCUUCGUUUGUGUGUCAGGCCACAGGGGAUCCUCAGCCCAAGAUCGUCUGGAACAAAAAAGGCAAAAAAGUCAGCAACCAGAGAUUUGAGGUAAUCGAGUUUGACGACGGGUCCGGCUCUGUCCUGAGGAUCCAGCCACUGAGGACCCCCAGAGAUGAGGCUGUUUACGAAUGUCACGCCUCCAACUCUGCCGGAGAGAUCACCGCUUCCACAAAACUAACGGUUCUUCGAGAGGACCAGCUACCCUCAGGGUUCCCCACCAUAGACAUGGGCCCCCAACUGAAAGUGGUGGAGCGUUCUCGGACUGCCACCAUGCUCUGUGCUGCUAGUGGCAACCCUGAUCCAGAAAUUACCUGGUUCAAGGAUUUCCUGCCAGUCAACACGUCCAAUAAUAAUGGACGAAUCAAGCAGCUCCGCUCAGAGUCCUUUGGUGGCACGCCCAUACGAGGUAAGACCGCUGGGAGGAUCAACGUCACACGGUGGCCCGAUUCCUUUUCAACCCCAAGUUCCUGCUUGUCUCACAGAUCUUGAAAAGCAGCUUUGUAUGGGUUAAUCAAUAUAGUCCAAAAGAUUUAAGACUCUGCCAUAUCGAUCAUUCCAUCCAGCUGCUUUAGAUCUACAGUGGGCUGGGGACAAGAGGGGGAAUUGGAAUUGAGCAAGCAAUUCAUUAUACUAUGAUUUUAAUCACUUCCCCUCUUCUCGUCCUCCAUCCUCUCUACAUCCUUUCAUUUUUCCAUCCCAGCCUCAGCGAUCACCUGAUAGCACACACGUCCAUUGCUUUCUUCUUUGCCAUACUGUGAUUUCUCUUCAGUGUUCAUCAGUUUAACGUCAUUUAGCUUUUUAACAUAGUCUUUGUCUCCUAUCUAAAGCAUGGUGUGUUUUUACGUUUGUUUGUUUUGCUUAGUUUGAGGUCGGAAAGCGUACUAUCACAUUUAAUUGCUUUUUUUUUUUUUAACGACCCGAUUUACUUUUACUUCUUUUUUUUUCGUGCCUUUUUCUUCUUUUUUUGGGUCUUGACCCGAACUUGGCCCAGCCUUCUACCUUCUCUAUAUUUGCCCAAUCAAACGUCCCAGUUUUGUUUUCCCUCCCAGCUGUUAUUCGCUCAGCCUGAAAAGUCCAGAUGGCAAAGACUCAGACAGACUUGCAGACACUAGUGGGCUUACACACACACACACACACACACACACACACACACAUAAACUCAUAGACCUGCACACACAUAUACAUUUCUUCAUGGUUUUUACCAUUACUUUCUCUUUUCUCUCUCAUUACCAAUAAAAAGCCCCAAACAACCACUUUUUUGAUAAAGUUUUAAUGGGCGCUUUUUUGCCUUACCACACCAUCUUUAAUGAAUCAAAAACCUGGUUGACUUUUUUGACAGUUUUUCUAUUUUCAGGGAGCGAGAAAGCACUGGUCCCUUCCCAAGGCUUUGCGUAUGUCGUUCCUUUUUUUAUCUG